AUGCGCGGGAUGCCAACCUCUCGCCAGGCGCCACGGCACCCUUUGCCACCCCGACGGGGGGACCCGAGCACUUCCGGGGUGCCAGGCGGGGGGGAAGGCGGAGAAGGGGCGGGACUACAUCUCCCAGAGGGCAGCGGGGUUGGCGCGCCGCGGGGCCUGCCGGGAAAGGUAGUUCUGCCCGCGUCGGGGAGCCGCGUGGAGCCGAGCCGGAAGGGUGAGCGAGUUGGCGCGGCCGCCCCCCGACGGCGCCUUGGGGGAGGGCGAUCCCGGGCAGGAUCCUGCCCGUCGGGGGCCGGAGGAGUCCCCGACCGGCUCCCGAUCCCCUGCCCGACCAGCCCCAGCGACGCUUUCCCCUCUCCCGCCCCGUCGGGGCUGCAGGUGCGGCGGAGGAUGGCCCGCGAGCGGCGGCGACCGGGACCCGAGGCGGGGCGGCGCCCGGCGGAGAAGGGACCCCCGAGGGCGGCGCCGGCGACGGGGACGAGGAAGGGGCGCGGCGGGGGCGCCGUCGGGGCUCCGGGGCAGGCGGGGGCGCCCGCUCCCGGCUGGCGGCGGUGCUGGCGCUGGGCUCGCUGGCGCUGGGCUUGGCGGCCGUGGGCUACGGCGUCGGGGCGCGGCGCUGGCGGGCGGCCCGCGUCCUCUCCCUGCACCCGGCGCCGCGCAUCCUCGACGCCAACAGCAGCGGCCCCCAGGCCCAGCCCGGCCGCUUCUGGGGCUCCUACCGGCCGCAGGUCUACUUCGGCAUGAAGGCGCGCAGCCCCCGCUCGCCCGUCGCAGGUGAGAGGGGAGAAGAAGCGCAGCUCGGGGUCGGGCUGGAUGACCCCCGGGGGCCCCGUCCAACUGAGGGCAUAGCUGUCAACGUUUCCCUUUUGAAAAGGGAAACCCCCUUCUUCCAAAUAGGAUUCCUCGCAAGAAAAGGGAAAGGUUGACAGCUAGGCAAGAGGGCAGGGUCUUGCCCACGCACCCGGCACCACCGGCACCUUUGGCCCAGGUCUGCGUGGCAGGUGGCACAAGGAGGUGGCACAGGGUCUGGAGCCUUUAGGAAGCUCCUGUUGGCACCCAUUUGUCUCAGGAGAGCAGCGUUCGGGUAAAGUCCGAUUUGGACAGGUGUCAGAGCCUGCAGAGAAGGUGCGCGUUCAGCCUGGGACCCACUUCCAGCGCAAAACAGACCCCAGGUAGCUGCUGCUGGAAAGACACCUCCCCAUUGCCCCCCACUCACCCAGCAAAGGAGAGAGCGCUGGCAUGAUGCGACUCGUGAGGAGCUGGCACCUGUCACAGGCUGCUAGGACCGGGGAGGUUCUUUGUCCCAACAGCUGUUCCUUGGCAGCUGCUUUGGACAUAGCUGUCAACGUUUCCCUUUUUUUAAGGGAAAUCCCCUUAUUCCGAAUAGGAUUCCUCGCAAGAAAAGGGAAAAGUUGACAGCUAUGGUUUUGGAAUCUGUGGCCCAAUCGUUCUGAUCUUCGUGUAAGGGUUCCUCCCAGCUCUGCAAUUGCCCAACCCUCUCCCAAAAUCUGGGCAUCAUCCGUGCUCCAAGAGGAAAGAAGGGAGCCAGUGAGUUCUGCAAGUCAGGCACAGAUUUAUUUAGUUUUUAAAAAAUAAAUUAUUAAAUUUUCCAUUUCAACAAUCCAAUCCAAUCACAUUAAAUAUUCCAAAUUAUACAAAUACAUAUCAUAUAGUCCAAAUAUUCUGCCAAAUUAUAAAUUUUUAUUGGGACUUCCCAUGCUUCAGGUUCGGGGAGGGGGGGGCUCUGAUCAUCUCCUUGAGUUUCCAAUAGUUCCUUUAAGUCUUCCUGUUGUGAACCUUCCUUCUCAAGGCAGGCACAGAUUGGGCUUGCGAGGCUGCCGUCCCGGCCUCUGUCCUCGUGGAGCGUGGCCAAGAGACGAGGAGGCAACGGGGUCUGUGCCUUUGCUGUCCCUGGCAGAGUGGCUCUUGCCCUCGCGCUCCGCAUUGCAGGGGGUUGGACUAGAUGACUCUGGAGGGCCCUUCCGACUGCCAUUCUGCGGCUCUUCCUGCAGGCCUCAUGUGGAUGCACCAGCUGGAGGGGGGCGUCCGGCUGCGCCACACCUGCGAGCAAAGCGACGGCCUCCCGCGCUACGGCUGGCUGCUUCACGACGGCGUCAAUUUUGGGGUGCAGGAGAUCCAGGACGUGGGCCUCAGCCUGCAGACGGAGUUUGUGAAGCGACCUGGGGGUCAGCACGGGGGAGACUGGAGCUGGAGGGUCACGGUGCGGCCCGAGGUGAGUGGGGAAGGGCCAGCGGGAGAGACGGGCAUCUCUUAAGGAAGAAUAAUAAUAAAAGUUAUUUAUACCCCGCCCUCCCCGGCCAGAGCCAGGUUCAGGGUGGCUAACACCAGUAAAAUUACAAUAAAAAUAUAAUAGGGGAAAAACAAAAACCAAUUUAAAAUACAGGUUAAAAAGGUAAAGGGACCCCUGACCAUUAGGUCCAGUCGUGGCCGACUCUGGGGUUGCGGCGCUCAUCUCGCUUUACUGGCCGAGGGAGCCGGCGUACAGCUUCCGGGUCAUGUGGCCAGCAGGACUAAGCCGCUUCUGGCGAACCAGAGCAGCGCACGGAAAUGCCGUUUACCUUCCCGCCAGAGCAGUACCUAUUCAUCUACUUACACUUUGACGUGCUUUAGAACUGCAAGGUUGGCAGGAGCAGGGACCGAGCAACGGGAGCUCACCCCGUUACGGGGAUUCGAACCGCCUACCUUCUGAUCUGCAAGUCCUAGGCUCUGUGGUUUAACCCACAGCGCCACCCGCGUCCCUAAAAAAAUACAGGUUAAAAUGCAAUUUAAAAUGAAGCCUCAUUUUAAAAGUUAAAACCAUAAGGGAGGGAAACAUAAGGGUCAGACUGAGUCCAAACCAAAGGCCAGGCGGAACAGCUCUGUCUUGCAGGCCCUGCGGAAAGAUGUCAAGUCCCGCAGGGCUCUAGUCUCUUGUGACAGAGCGUUCCACCAAGUCAGGGCCAGUGCUGAAAAGGCCCUGGCCCUGGUUGAGACCAACCUAACCACCUUGCAAUUUGGGACCUCAAGGUCCUCCGUGGGACAUACCAGGAGAGGCGGUCCCAUAGGUAUGCACCCAUGGCCCUUCGAGGAGCUGGAGGGAGGUGCAGGGGGGCUCCUGCCUAGCUGUUACCAGGCCCAGGCAUGCUUGCACCUAAGAAGAGCUUGCAGGAUCAGGCCAGUGGCCGGCGGGAAACUCGCAAGCAGGAUCUGAGCCGAAGAGGUGAGCUUUGCUGCCUCCGACCGUGGAAGCAGAAUGCAGCCGUUGUGGCUCAUAGCCACUGCUAGCCCUCUGCUCCGUGGCUUGAGGCUGAUGGCUCCUUCACAGGCCUUCAGAUGGCGGCCUGGCACCCGCUUGCCGGCAGACCUCAGCAGGGGGGGCUACACAGCGUAAUUUAAUUUUAAGCACAAGGAAGCCUCUGGUUUCCUUGCCUUGUUUGUUCCAAAACACGCACAGCCCUUGAGGACAUGAAGAUAAUCCACCGCAUCGUUCUCCUUCUGCCUCUUAUCUUAUCCCGUGACCUCGAGACGGCAGCCGAGGCCCCAAACUCCGUCCGAGGGGCGGAAGGGAGCCAAGUUUCUCCCAAGUUUAGAAUGCAGGGGGCUAUGAAGAUGAUGGACUUUUCGGAGCUAGCUGACUGGAAGAGUCCGCGACCAGAAGGAGGAGGAGUACCAGAAGGAAUGGAUGAAAUUCAAAGACUAUUUAGUUAAAUAUGUUAAGACAACUUGAUUGGGAAAAUUUGCAAAUAUCAGAUAGGCUUAGGGUUUAAAUAUGUGAUGUUAGAGAAUAAAAUGUUUAAAGUUAAAAUGAAAAGAAAGAACGAUGUUAAGUGAUUAAGUUAAUUUUAGGAGAAAUUUGGUUUUGAAAAACUGUUACAAAGAUAUAUACUGAAACUCAGCCAGAGGGAUUAGAGGAAGUCACCUAACCAUGUUAUGAAGAUUGGAUUAAGUACAGUUAAGAUUUAUGUUUGUUUGUUUAAACAACCAGUAAAAACCAAUAAAAAAAAAUAGGGGGAAAAUAAUAGAAUGCAUGGGGCUAACCGGCCCCCGCCUGCUCCAAGAUGCUCAGCCAGGGUGCAAAGGCCUCUCUCAGCUCAGGUUCCCGAGACUUUGACCCACAAGUGUCACCCAGAGCGGGGCUCUCAGAAGCAGACAGGCGCCCAGGCAGACAGACUCCUAGAGUGGUAGACUUGAAGGGGGUGCCAAAGGUCCUCUAGCCCAACCCCCCAGCAGUUCAUCCAUGACAGAGCUCACCCUCGCACUCAAUAAUAAAUAAUAAUAAUAAUAAAUUUUUAUCUAUACCCCCCCUUCCCGCUUCAAAAACCGGGCUCAGGGCAGCUAACAACCAAUUUAAAACACUUAAUUGUAAAAGCAGCAUAAAAUACAACAUAAAAACACAAAUAACAAUAAAAUUCAAAGUUCAGAAAUCAAUUUACGGCUAGCUGGCUGAAUUGGUCCCACUUGGGCCAGCGAGGAGGCCAGGGGAGAAUUAGCUGUGGGGUCUCAGGGUGGGUGAUCUUCAUAAAAGGGGAGGGGGAGGGAAGAGAAGGGAAAUAAAAGAUCAGGCUGAUUUCAAAUUAAAGGCCAGGCGGAAUAGCUCUGUCUUACAGGCCCGGCGGAAGGAGGUUAAAUCCUGAAGUAAUAAUAAUAAUAAUAAUAAUUUAUUAUUUAUACCCCGCCCAUCUGGCUGGGUUUCCCCAGCCACUCUGGGCGGCUUCCAACAGAACACUAAAAUACAAUAACCUAUUAAACAUUAAAAGCUUCCCUAAACAGGGCUGCCUUCAGAUGUCUUCUAAAAGUCUGGUAGUUGUUUUUCUCUUUGACAUCUGGUGGGAGGGCGUUCUACAGGGCGGGUGACACCACCGAGAAGGCCCUCUGCCUGGUUCCCUGUAACUUGGCUUCUCUCAGGGAGGGAACCGCCAGAAGGGCCUCAGAGCUGGACCUCAGUGUCCGGGCAGAACGAUGGGGGUGGAGACGCUCCUUCAGGAAUACUGGGCAGAGGCCGUUUAGGGCUUUAAAGGUCAGCACCAACACUUUGAAUUGUGCUUGGAAACGUAGUGGGAGCCAGUGUAGGUCCCUAGUGAAGGGCCCUAGUCUUCUGGGACAGAGCAGUCCACCAGGUUGGAGCCAUCACUGAGAAGGCCCUGGUGGAGGAUAGUCUGACUUCCUUAGGGCCCGGGACCUCUAACCUAUGGUUAUUCAUGGACCUUAAGGUCCUCUGCAGGGCAGACCGGGAGAGGCGGUCCGUAAAUACGGGGGCCCUAAGCCACAAGGCAGGGAGAGGAGUCUUAUGGCUUCCUGACGGUGCUUUCCUGUCCUCAGAGAACUGGGCCCCCGGCCCCCUUCAUCUCUCUGCUCUUCUACGUGGCGACGGAUGGGCAGGGGUCUCUGCAGCCUGUGGUGGAGCAGAAGACCGGCCGCUUGGCAUCCCUGACGGGCACCACAGAGGAGCUGGGCCACUUCACCAUCACCUUCCAGCAGCCCACCAACGAGGCUGGCACAGCACCUCUCUACGCCAGGUACCCUGCAGGGCAGAAGUGCCACCAUUUUCAAUCCUAGGGGGUGGGGUGGGGAUGUGAUUGUGUCUCCCUUAAGUAAGAACCCAAGCCGAGGCGGAUGGAUCAGACCCAUGGCCCAGCAUGCUGCUCUCAGAGUGGCCAGCCAGAUACCCAUUACAGGAAACACACAGGCAGGAUCUGGGCACAGAAUCAACUCUGCCCUCCUGCGGUUUCCAGCAGCUGGCAUUUGGAAGCAUUGCUCUGGACGAGAGGUCCCGAGGGUGGCAACAUGAGAACGGGGCCUUUUCUGCAGUGGCUCCCCAUUUGUGGGAUGCUGUCUCCAGGGGGGCUCACCUGGGGCCUUCACCAUACAUCUUUAGUGCCCGGCUAAACGUUCCUCUUCAACCAGACCUUUGUCUGAUUGAUUGAUAUCUGACUUAUAUACCACCCGUCAGCAAAAGAUCUCUGGGCAGUUUAUAAGACAUUGGGUAUGGGUAUUGUAUACAGUGGUGCCUCACAAGACGAAAAGCCCGCUAGACGAAAGGGUUUUCCGUUUUUCGAUGCGCUUCGCAGGACGAAUUUCCCUAUGGGCUUGCUUCGCAAAACGAAAAAGUCUUGCGAGUCUUGCAAUUUUUUUCGCUCCCCCCCCUUUUUCUAAGCCGCUAAGCCGCUAAUAGCCUUUUAACCGCUAAGCCUUUAAUAGCCGCUAAACCGCUAAUAGCGCUAAUCCGCUAAGCUGCUAAUAGGGUUGCUUCGCAAGACGAAAAAACCGCUAGACGAAGAGACUCGCGGAACGGAUUAAUUUCGUCUUGCGAGGCACCACUGUACAUUCCAGUUGGCCAAUUUAACUUGCAUGCUGUUCAGUCAUUAUGGUACCAAAUUAUGAUCAAUGCAGUUCUAAAAUUAAUAUUAAAAUAUGAUUCAUAUUCUACCGCCUUUUAGCUCUGUUUGUGGGAAGGAGGGUUAUGUUUAGUUUCACUUUUGCUUUAAUUACCGCAUUUUUCCGUGUAUAAGACUAGGUUUUCCCCCUAAAAAAUAAUGUCAAAAAUUAGGAGGCGUCUUAUACACAGGGCCAUCUCCCCCCCAUUUUCUUAAACCGGAGUCCCCAAAAAUAGGGGGUAUCUUAUACAUGAGGGUGUCUUAUAGACAGAAAAAUACGGUAUAUAUUUUGUGCUACUAUCCUUCGUUUUAUCUUGUGAACCGCCCUGAGAUCUGCGGGUUAAGGGGCACUAUAUAUAAAUGAUAGAUAGAUAGAUGAUAGAUAAAUGAUAGAUAAAUAGAUAGAUGAUAGAUAAAUGAUAGAUAGAUAUAUGAUAGAUAAAUAGAUAGAUGAUAGAUAGAUGAUAGAUAAAUGAUAGAUAGAUAGAUAGAUAGAUGAUAGAUAAAUGAUAGAUAGAUGAUGGAUGGAUAGAUAGAUGAUGGAUAGAUAGAUAGAUGAUGGAUAGAUAGAUGAUGGAUGGAUGGAUGGAUGUAUAGAUAGAUAGAUAGAUAGAUAGAUAGAUAGAUAGAUAGAUAGAUAGCUGUCUCUGGCCGUGGAGGAAGAGCAGUAGUCCUGGGCGCUGAUUCUCGCUCCCUUUCUCCCUCUCCAGUUACAACCACCUGCAGGCGAAGGCCGAAGGGCUGGACCGCCUGAGCGACGUGGUGAAAGCCAGCCUGACCCCUCGCUUCACCUUCUCCCCGCCAGGAGCCCCCAAGCGCCGCUACUUUGGGGUGGAUGCCUCUCACUCCCCGGCCGGGGAGAGAGCGCCCCCUCACAGCCAGCUGCUGGUGCACCAGGUGACGGUGUCCCUGCCUUGCCGCCUGGAGGUGCUCUUUGAGUCGGGCAGUGCGGGCGACCGUGCCGGGCGUCUGGCGGGCGAGGCUCUGUCGCAGGAGCUGGGCCGGCACACGGCGGCCUUUGAGCGGCGCUUCGAGGAGGCCUUUGGCCUGGCACGCAAGGGCUUCUCCCCACCGGAGCAGAGCUUUGCGCGGGCCGCCCUCAGCAACAUGCUGGGCGGCAUGGGCUACUUCCACGGGCGCUCGCUGGUGCAGUCGCCCCACGCCGAGCUCCCCCAGCCCUACCCGGAGGCACCGCUCUUCACGGCCGUGCCCUCCCGCUCCUUCUUCCCGCGGGGCUUCCUGUGGGACGAGGGCUUCCACCAGCUGCUGUUGGCCCGCUGGGAUGCGGCGCUCAGCCGAGAUGUGCUGGCGCACUGGCUGGACCUCAUGAACGCCGAAGGCUGGAUCCCCCGGGAGCAGAUCCUGGGCGCCGAGGCCCGCGCCAAGGUGCCCGCGGAGUUCGUCGUGCAGCACAGCAGUGCUGGAAACCCCCCCACGCUCUUCCUGGCGCUGCGGCAACUGCUGGCGCAGGAAGCUCUGGAGACGGACUACCUGCGGCGCCUCUACCCGCGGCUGCAGAGCUGGUACGACUGGUACAACAGCACGCAGGCUGGGCCCCUGCCCUUCACCUUCCGCUGGCGCGGGCGCGACCAGGACACCCAGGCAUUCCUGAACCCCAAGACGCUCACCUCCGGCCUGGACGACUACCCGAGGGCCUCGCACCCCUCGGAGGACGAGCGCCACCUGGACCUGCGCUGCUGGAUGGCCGUGGCCUCGGGCGUCAUGGCGGAGGUGGCCACGCGGCUGGGGGAGCCGGCCGAGGAGUACCGGCGCAUGGCGGAGGCGCUGUCGGACGGGCAGCUGCUGGACCAACACCACUGGGCUGAGGCGCUGGGCACCUUUGCCGACUACGGCAACCACACGCAGGCGGCGUCCCUGGAGCGUGAGAAGCUGCGCCCGCCUCCUCCGGGGCAGCCCCUGCCCACGCCGCGCCUGCUGCGGGUGGUGCGGAAGGCGCCCCGGCUGCAGUUUGUGGGGGGCGCUUUUGGCUACGUGAGCCUCUUCCCGCUGCUGCUGCAGCUGCUGCGCCCCGACUCGCCGCGGCUGGGCAGCCUGCUGACCGACCUGCGCAGCGAGAGGAAGCUGUGGACGCCCUUUGGGCUGCGCUCGCUGUCGCGCUCCAGCCCCUUCUACCUCAAGCACAACACGGAGCACGACCCCCCGUACUGGAGGGGCCCGGUGUGGGUCAACAUCAACUUCCUGGCCGUGCGGGCUCUGCAACACUACGGCCGGCUGGAGGGGCCCUUCCGGGAGCAGGCGGCUGCCCUGUACCGGGAGCUGCGCGCCAACGUCGUGGGCAACGUCUACCGGCAGUACCUGGAGAGCGGCUACGUGUGGGAGCAGUAUCACGACGGCACGGGCAAGGGCCAAGGGUGCUACCCCUUCACGGGCUGGUCGGCCCUGGUGGUGCUCAUGAUGGCCGAGGAGUACUGAGCUUCCGAAAGUGCCAGGCUGCCUCUGCCAUGCUCUUGGCGGGCGCGGUGCCCGCCUCCCCCCCUCAGGUGUUUUGACUCCUGGGCAGCUGGCCUCCACUGCUCUCCCUCCAGGAUCCGACUUCUAAUUUUCUAGCGAAAUAAAGCUGUGAAACUGGACGCGCCUCUUCGGGCUGCUUGGGCGUUCCCAUGCGCUGCCGCCUCUGGAGUUCGGGGCUGGGAGGGGAGAGGCCUUGGAAUCAGAAGCGAAGGCAACAUGAAAGAGGUUUGUGCACUCA